AUGCAAAGGACAGUGGUCAAGCUUACCAAAAAGGCUGGCAAGAAAGAGCUGGAGUUACGAGCGAACUCUGAGCGGGCCUUGCGAGCAGAACAAGAAAGAGCGCGAUUGUGGGAAACCACCGAGAAGCAGAAGUGGGCACUUGAGGCAGAACUCGAAUUGUCCCAAGAUGACUUCGAUGUUAUAAGAUUGAUGAAAGAAAUUAUUAAAUCUGCAACAAAUGAUGAUUGUAGUAAGUUAGAAGGAGGUGAAAUUCGCAAGCGGUUGCUGGAAAUUUUGACAGAUAAAAAGUUUUUGCUUGUCAUGGAUGAUGUCUGGAAUGAGAAGCCCCACAAAAUGGAUGGAUCUGAGAAAAUAUUGCUAAAUGGUGUCAAUGGAAGUAAAAUUAUUAAGUAUGCGUUCAAAGAUGGAGAAGGGAAAGAUUUUCCAAGGCUCAUUGAAAUUGGGAAGGAAAUUGUAAGAAAAUGUAAAGGAGUUCCAUUGGCUGUGAGAUCUUUAGGGAGCUUACUUUAUGCAAACACGGACGAACGUGAGUGGUUGAAAAUAAGAGAAAAUGACAUCUGGCAGGUGGAUCAAGUUAAUGAAGACAUCUUACCAGCAUUGAAAUUGAGCUAUGAUCAUUUACCAUCUCCCAUGAAGCGAUGUUUUACUUAUCUUUGUUUGUUUUCGAAGGAUUAUACUUAUCUCAGUGAGUAUGUAGCCCAAUAUUGGAUAGCGCUUGGACUUCUUAAAACCUCUGACAAAACUGAAGAGCUAGAAGAUGUUGCUGUUCAAUACAUGAAAGUUUUAUGGUCAAGGGGUUUCUUAGAGGAUUUCCGGGAGUAUAGUUUUUAUUGGACAUUUAAAGUGCAUGAUCUUAUGCAUGAUCUUGCAAUAUCAAUGACAAAAAGUGAGUCCGCAUUCAUAAAUUUAGGAAGCCAAAAUGUUGAUGGGAAAUUUCGGCAUUUUUCACAUGGUGACACAGAGUUAUGUGGUGAAGAAUUUCUACAACUCAUAGUUAAUAACUCAAGGAGUGUUCGAAGCAUUGUCUUUCCAGCAGCAGAUAAAUACGGAGAUGCGGGUAUCAUUGGAUCAUUUAUUAGUGAAAAUAUAUCCAAAUUCAAGUACCUCCGGCUGCUACACUUGUGUAGUAUACUUUUCGAAGUGUUGCCAGAUUCUAUUGGUACAUUGAGACAUUUGAGGUACCUUGAUCUAGCUUGGAAUUAUUCAUUGAAGAAGAUCCCUGAAUCUUUUUGCGAGCUACAGAACUUGCAAAUGUUAAACCUUAGGGAUUGUUAUGAGCUUAAGAAGUUGCCUAAUAACAUACAAAAGAUGAUCCGCCUUAGAUACUUGGAAAUAACCACACAAGAGGAGGUUCUUACAGAAAAAGGAAUUGGAUGUUUGAGUUCCCUUCAAUAUUUGCAUUUACGUAAGUGCAAAUAUCUAGUAAGUUUGUGUGAAGGGAUUCAAGGUCUGAAAAGCCUCCGAGCUUUGUAUGUACGUAACUGUCCUCUGAUCUCGUUACCAGAUACUAUCAGAUACCUGACAAAAUUAGAGAUGUUAAUAAUUUGGAGUUGCCCUAAUAUUAAUUUGAAGAUGGAAUUGCAAGAAGAAGAUCAUGAGUUGAAGCUGAGUCUUAAACGUUUCAUAAUUUUUAAUUUAAAUUCAUUGGUGGAUUUGCCUCAGCUUCUUCUUCAAGCAUCUGCUGACACUCUGAAGUACAUGCGGAUUGAAUGGUGUGAAAACUUAGAAGCACUAUCAGAGUGGUUUCAAAAUUUCACGUCACUUGAAGAACUUGAGAUUACAUCAUGCCACAAAUUGUCAUCUCUUCCAGAAGGGAUAGAACGCCUUACUUCCCUCAAGGAAUUGAAGAUUACAGACUGUCCUGCUCUAAUUGAAAGCAUCAGAAAUGAUGAGUCGAAGAUUGCUCAUGUUCCACUGGUUCGUCUUAUUUAA